AUGGCCUCUGUCGGACCUGGCGGUGCGUAUGACUUGUCGUGGCUGCAGGGAGGGAGUGAGCCGGGGACAAGGAGGAAGAAGAUAGCAGGCUAUCUCAAGGCUGCCAACGAGCUGCGUCAAUCGUAUAUGAGUGGCGAUGACGGAGCAAGCGGAAGCAAGGGCCUGCAUGACGAGUACGGCGCCGAAGGUCCUGGGCCUUUUGAAGAUGCCUCGAUUGUGCGGAGCGGCAACGAAGAGAUGAUUCUGUUUCCGAGCUAUGCCAGGAGACAUGUGAAGCGGAAACACCAGGCGCCUCCGGCAUCGGGCGACGUCAAUGACCAAGAGUAUUGGCGUAGGGAAUGGGAAAGACAGGAAGAUGAUAAAGCCAUUGUGGAUGUUGAUGUCCGGGGAUGGAUCUACACUCCACACAAAGGGCCUCUCAAUCGAAAGCAGCGUUUGACUUUAGGUGUCGCAAGACAAAUCGCUGGUCUUCCGGCACCGACUUCCUCAAAACCCGGCGAAUUGUCCCAGGCAUCGAGUCGAACAUCCAGCCCGGGCUUUGCCUGGAAGCAGGAGGAAGACCUGAUCGCACUGGAAGCCGAGAAGAUCGAGCGGAGGGGGGAGCACGAGCAACGAUAUGCACGGCGUGGAGCCUUCUCUGAAACACCCAAGAAAGACAACGACGGCGACAGCAUCUACACCACGAGGAGCGGCGCAUCUUCGAGAAACCCGUCUCCUGAUCGUGGGAGACAUCGUCUCUCGCAGAUCAGCCUUGCUUCUUCUGUCGAUGACGACGCUACAACGCCUGUUCCCCCUCCUCAUCACCAAUCCUCUUGGACGGAUCCGGCGAAAAUGGCGGGCUCGGAAUUGGCCACUGCUCAUUCUCGUCUCUUGAAUCGCUUCAAGCCGUUCCUGGCAAAUCCGCUCAUAAAUGCACCAGUCAAGGCGUUCUUCUUCAAUACCACAACUUCGCGCGAACUCACCGUCUACACCAAUCCCUCGGGGCAUUUCACCUGCCGUGCUGCGCUCGAUUUCAUCCCCACCCAUGUUCGAGUCCUUGCUGCGGAGCGUCUGUCGGCAACCGAGGAGGUUCACAUCAUCUCUCCAACCGGCGUGAGCUUGAUCAGUGAUAUUGAUGACACCGUCAAGCAUUCCGGAGUCAGUACGAAUGCUCGAGAGAUUUUCCGCAACACCUUCAUCCGAGAAUUGAGUGACCUCACCAUUGACGGCGUACGAGAAUGGUACAACACUCUUCACGACAUGGGUGUGUCCAUCCACUACGUCUCAAACUCGCCUUGGCAGUUAUAUCCAGUGCUCACCACCUACUUCAAAAUGGCGCAUCUCCCCAAAGGCUCCUUCCAUCUCAAGCAGUACUCUGGCAUGUUGCAAGGUAUCUUUGAGCCGGUUGCGGAGCGGAAGAAAUCCAGUCUGCAGAAAAUCAUACACGACUUUCCAGAGCGCAAAUUCGUCUUGGUUGGCGACAGCGGCGAAGCCGACCUCGAGGUAUACACUGACAUCGCUAUGGAAAAUCCCGGAAGAGUCUUGGGCAUUUUCAUUCGAGAUGUGACCACGACCGUCAAGACGGGCUAUUUUGACCCCUCGAAUGGCCCCUCUGGAGCGAGUCCGUAUGGCCGUCCGAAGGCCAGGCGUACAAACACCGAUGGCUUGACAACGUCUAAGAGGCUCUCUCGACCGCUCGAUGCGCAAGACGACGAUGCAGAGCUGCGAGCGGCGAUUGCCGCGUCGCUUGCAGACAUGGAGACAGAGGCACUCCAUGCGAGACAAUCCAUUAACCCGGAUUCACCCUCACCAGAGAAUUUGGCCACACCACGGCCCCAUCUGCCUCCUCGACGCUCCACCGUACGAAUGGUUGGGCCGGCUUCUACACAGUCGGAUACUGAGGACGACCUGAUCGAUUUUAGCGACGAGCAGGCACAGAGCCAUGCCUGGCUAACUCCGCCACCUUCAAACUUUGCUGCAACUCCUGCCAAACUAGAUGGAAGUGCACAAUACAAGCCAUCACCGUCACCUCCCCCGAAACCCCGGAAUUUGCGAAGUCCGUCGCCCACUGCCGAGCCUGUCAAAGUAGCGGCCGACACAUCAAACAAAACACCACCUCCAAGGCCUCGCAAGCCCUCCAGCGCUGUCAAACCUCCGCCACAUUUGAUUGCGCAAGCUUCGCCGCCUCCUCCACCUCCGCCUCCGAGGAGGGCUCAAACUUUGUCGACCAACACGCAACAUCAGCCUUCACCAUUAUCCCAGGUGACACUUCUAUCACCCGAAACCAGGGACCGACCAGCACUGCCGUCGAGACCGAAGGAUGCCGGUACACUAUCUAAAGGCUUCUUCGGCUCUCGUGCAAAUCCUCCCCCGCCUGUGCCUGCAAAGGCAUCAGCUGAUACUGGCAAUGGUCUUCGCGCGUUGUCGACAGUCCCUACAAGGCCCACAGAAAACAUGGGUCCGCUAUCAUCAGCAUCGACCAAAGUUGCGCCUGUUCCUCCUCCGAAGCGCAACAAUGCCGCAAAUGCUAGUCCUUCGACCAAUAAUCGCAAGGCAACGAACCGCGCCUCUGGUGCCUGGAGCGACGCCAGUGGCGGCAGCUUACCCGGCAGUCCCGGCGAGGCUGGCAUGAACAAGAAAGAAUACGCGUGGAAUCAGCGGUGGGCGCGUGCAAAAAGUGUUCUCGAAAGGAACGGAGUCACGCUCCGUACUUGGAGGACGGGGAGCGAUGUCGCAGAUGUAUGCGUGAGGUUGGUCGAGCAGGCGUUCCGGGAGAUGAAAUGA